AGCAUCAAGAUGCAGCUCUUCUUGCGUGCCCAGAACACUCACACCCUUGAGGUGACUGGACAGGAGACCGUCAGAGACAUCAAGGUGAGGCCAAGUUAGGAUACAUCAAUGAACAUGUUAAUUGUGGUGUAAUGAUAACUGGUGUACUAGUCCCGUGUAGCUCAGUUGGUAGAGCAUGGCGCUUGCAACGCCAGGGUUGUGGGUUCGUUUCCCACGGGGGGCCAGUAUGAAAAAUGAAUGCAUUCACUAACUGUAAGUCGCUCUGGAUAAGAGCGUCUGCUAAAUGACUAAAAUGUACAAUGCCACAAUUAGUGUUUAUAAUAUGCCAUUUAGCAGACGCUUUUAUCCAAAGCGACUUAGUCAUGUGUGCAUACAUUUUUACGUAUGGGUGGUCCCAGGGAUCGAACCCACUACCCUGGCGUUACAAGCGCCAUGCUCUUGUUCCAUUGUCUGGAUUUGUUACAUGUAUGUAAAUUGUCUGGAUGCAUGCAUGUCUGGAUCAAACCAUUGAGUGUGUCUGUGGGGUUGUUUCAGGUCCAUGUCCAGACUCUGGAGGGUCUCCUAGUGGAGGACCAGGUGCUGUUGCUGGCCGGCUCCCCCCUGGAGGAUGCUUCCUCUCUGGUGGAAUGUGGCAUCUCUGAGCACUGCACCCUGGAGGUGGCCGGCAGACUUCUGGGAGGUCAGUUCCCAAAAUAAUAAUAAUAAUAAUAUGCCAUUUAGCAGACGCUUUUAUCCAAAGCGACUUACAGUCAUGCGUGCAUACAUCUUUGUGUUUGGGUGGUCCCGGGGAUCGAACCCACUACCUUGGCGUUACAAGCGCCGUGCUCUACCAGCUGAGCUACAGAGGACCACAAAAUGAUGGUGCACCAAACAUGGCCUGAUUUGAAUACUUUGAAAAUGCAUCCUUCCCCCCUUGAAAGUAAUCACAGAUGAGGAUUGGAUUGUUGAAAGAAAUAGGAUGAACACCAUGCUUUGAUUUAUUAAAAGGAUUACUGGUACACUUUAUCGUCAAUUGCACAAAAGGUCCAACCGAAACUUGACUUCUGCUUUUAACACAAUCCGUCUAAAUUGGAGAGGUGCAGGGGGCUGCCACAUUGGGGAGCUGUUGUGGGGGGUUAACUGCCUUGCUCAAGGGCAGAACAACAGAUUAUUCACCUUGUCGGCUCAGAUUAAAAAAGGCAACCUUUUGGUUACUGGCGCAGUGCUCUAACCGCUAGGAACCUGCUACCUAUCACAUACAGUUCCAGAUCAGUAGUUAACUCAAGGAUGCUCUACGAUGGUCUAUUGUCAUUAGUUCCAUUGCUCUAUGUUCACUCAGGAUAAUCACUAUUUUCUUUCUCUCUCUACCAGGAAAGGUCCAUGGCUCCCUGGCCCGUGCCGGUAAAGUGAGGGGACAGACACCCAAGGUCAGCAGAUACUUUCUGCAUUUCUUUAAAAAAAAUACAUGAUAGAUAGAUAGACAUUAUGUUAGUUGGUUAUGAUUUUGUAGUUGAUAUUGUGGCAGUUGUAACAUUGUCUGGUUGUUUCAAAGUCAUUAUAGCUCCUGGGUUAGUGUCUGCUAAAUGUAAUAUAUUUCUGCAGAGUAAUGACCAUAGUAGCACUCCCUCUUUAUCACUUCAGGUUGACAAACAGGAGAAGAAGAAGAAGAAGACUGGUCGUGCCAAGCGUCGCAUCCAGUACAACAGGCGCUUCGUCAACGUUGUGCCCACCUUCGGCAAGAAGAAGGGCCCCAACGCCAACUCCUAAGGACCCUGUCCCUCUUCAGGAGAAUGCUUGUUAUCACACCCCUUUAGUUUUAACCCACUGAAAGGUUUUCCUCCUGUACAGAAUAAAGAUUUGGCUUAGACUAAAGAACAACUUGUUUGUCAUUUCUUGGGUGUUUAUGAAUUUGAGACAGGGUUGUUUGAUAAUCCCUGUGUAGCUCAGUUGGUAGAACAUGGCGCUUGCAACGGCAGGGUUGUGAGUUUCCCACGGGGGGGCAGUACGGGGGGGGGAGUGCACUCACUAACUGUAAGUCGCUCUGGAUAAGAGCGUCUGCUAAAUUACUUAACAAAAAUGUGUGGCUCUUAUUAGAAAGGAUUGUUUAGACAAGUGAUUGAGCCUGGAGGUCUGCAGUACUGCUGGUUUUCUGUUCUACCUGAUAAUUGCACCCACCUUGUCCCAAAUUUAAAUCUGUCCAUGAUUAGAGGGAAAACAUUUAAAUCUGCAGUGGAACUGGGUUGGAAUUCCAUAUGAAUUUU